AUGGCGGUUUGUUUUUCUUUCUCUCACCGGAGAGCAGCCGCCUCCGUUUGUUUGUUCACUCUACUUUGGGCUGCGGCGGCGGAAUCAUUUCAGUGUAACUCCACCGGCGUCACCUGUAGCGCACUGGUGGACUAUGCGUCCCCGAACGCCACAACCUUGGCCGCCAUUCAGUCCCUUUUCAAUCUCCCCGCCUUCACUUCCCUCCUCGCCGCCAACCGCUUUUCUCCCUCAACUCCCACCACCCAGAAUGUCUCCCCCGGCCAGACCCUCAAGAUUCCUUUCCCUUGCAUCUGCGCCAACGGCACCGGAGUCUCUAACCGGAUCCCCGUCUACACCGUCGUCCACGGCGAUUCGCUGUAUCACAUCGCCGCCGAGGUGUUCUCCGGCCUGGUGACUUACCAGGAUAUCCAGAGGGUGAAUGGUAUCCCGGAUGCCAACAAGAUUGAGCCGGGCCAGAAGCUGUGGGUCCCCCUCCCCUGCAGCUGCGGCGACGUGGACGGCCACAAGGUGGUUCAUUAUGGAUAUCUGGUGCCCAACGGAAGCACCGUGGAUGGCAUCGCCAACCAGUUCGGCACUACUCCCGACACCCUGUCUACCCUCAAUGGCUUGGCCGGUCCCAAUGAUUUGGAAGCCGGCGCCAUUAUUGAUGUUCCACUCAGAGCUUGUGAUUCCAUGAUAAGUAAUAACUCCGUAGACUACCCAUUACUCGUUCCCAAUGGCUCUUAUGCUCUCACUGCCAACGAUUGCGUGAAAUGUGACUGCGCUUCUGCAAACAACUGGAUGUUGCAAUGUUCGCCAAGCCAGAUGAAACCAACUCCUAAUAAUACUUGGAGAUCAUGCCCAAGCAUGAAUUGCCAGCAGGGUUUGCUCCUUGGAAACACCAGUAGUUCAAGUUGCAACACCUGUGCUUAUGCUGGUUAUUCCAACCAAUCCAUCUUCACCACCACUGCACCCAUCUCUACUUGUUCCGGUUCAAUGGAGUUGGCUUCUACUGGUGUAUCCAUUACAGUUUUUAACACUCUCUCGGACUUAUUCAAUAUUCCUCUCCUUGGCGUUGCCACUUCUUUUUUGGCUGAAGAUAUUCCAAAGAUUACAGAGCAAGUUUCUGUGACAGGUCUUCAAGGCAUUUUCCGUGGCAUCAAGAAACUCCAUUAUAUUGUUUAG